CCGAGAGCCAGCCCGCAGCUCGUCCUGCUCGCCCCGCCGCCGGAGAUGAUGGUCCCCAGGCAGCAGGGACGCCCAGGUCACCCCGCUGAGCCAUGAACGCCUCGGUGGCCGGCAGCCAGCUGAGACAGCCCGAGCCCCAGGAUGUGGCCGCCUUCACCCCCGUGUCCAUCGUCAGGAGCGUGAGCAAGAAAUCGGACGCGCUGCCGGUGAUCUCGGUGAUCGUGGUGCUCUUCGUGCUGCUGGCCGUGUUCAUCGUGCUGCUGGUGCACUACGGCCCCCAGCUGCGCACGGUGCAGGUCACGCUGCACCACGAGCCCAUGGCCCAGCACAUGGACACCGUGCUCCUGACACAAUGGAGGUGCCUGGAUCCCUACGGCAAGAUGGGCUCGGCUGGAGUGACCUGCCACUGCUCCUGCAGCCACCACCUUCCCCUCGGGAGUGCUGAGCCCAAUGUCAUCGAGAUCACCUACCUGUGACAUGGCCCGGGCACCCGAGCAGGGCUCGAGGGACGUGUCCCUCUGGAAAAGCUGGGGUGGGAUGUUUCGGUAUCCCAGGACUCACUGCUGCCCACUCACAGAGGCUGCACCUCCCCAGACCCAUGUCUGGCCCCAGGAAUGCUCAGCCAGGAGGUUCAAGACCCAUCCAGCCCCCAGAAGUCCAGCCCAGGGGUGUCACUGUCCCCAGGCAGGAGCUGGGUCCCAGCUGGGCUCUAGGGCUGGCCCAGCCUGCGUGGGAC